AUGAGUCGCCAAUUUAGUUCUCAGUCUGCAUUUAGCUCAAGGAGCAGGCGGGCCCAUAGUGCCAGGUCCUCCUCGGGCUUUGGUGGUGGUGGGAGUCGGACCGUGGGGUCUGUGAGUCAGGCCUGGGGCAGGGGUGGCGGUGGAGGCUAUGGGAGCCAUGGAAGGGGCUUUGGCUCGAGGAGCCUCUACAAUCUGGGUGGCAGUAAAAGCAUCUCCUUUAGCAUGGUGGGGAGGAGUGCCAGUGGCUUCUGCCAGGGUCGGGGAUCAGGAGGAGGAUUUGGAGGGGGCAGAAGCUUUGGGGGUGGUGGCUUUGGAAGUGGUGGCUAUGGAGGUGGUGGCUUUGGAGGUGGUGGCUUUGGAGGUGGUGGCUUUGGGGGUGGCAGAUUUGGAGGUGGUGGCUAUGGAGGAGGUAGUUUUGGGGGUGCUGGGUUUGGGGCUAGCAAUUUUGGGCUUGGGGGCUUUGGUCCUUCUUAUCCACCAGGGAGCAUCCAAGAGGUGACCAUUAACCAGAGCCUUCUAGAGCCACUUCACCUAGAGGUGGACCCUGAAAUUCAGAGGAUCAAGACCCAGGAGCGGGAGCAAAUCAAGAUUCUCAACAACAGAUUUGCCUCCUUCAUUGAUAAGGUGCGAUUCCUUGAGCAGCAGAACCAGGUGCUACAAACAAAAUGGGAGCUACUGCAGCAGGUGAACACCUCGACGCGGAGUAACAACCUGGAGCCUGUCUUGGAGAGCUAUAUUAGUGAGCUGAGGAGGCAGGUGGAUUUUCUCAAUUCGGAGCAGAUGCGCAAGAACACGGAGAUCAGGGGCAUUCAGGAUGUCGUGGAGGACUACAAGAACAAGUAUGAGGAAGAAAUCAACAAAAGGACCAGCACUGAGAAUGACUUUGUGGUUCUGAAGAAGGAUGUGGAUGCUGCUUUCAUGGGUAAAGUGGAUCUGCAGUCCAAAGCAGACACUCUGCUUGGGGAGAUCAAUUUCCUGAAAUAUUUAUUUGACACAGAGCUGUCCCAGAUGCAGACCCACAUCAGUGACACCAAUGUCAUCCUGUCCAUGGACAAUAACCGCUCCCUGGACCUGGACAGCAUCAUUGAUGCAGUGCGGGCUCAGUAUGAGCUGAUUGCACAGAGGAGCAAGGAUGAAGCCGAGGCGCUGUACCAGACCAAGUACCAGGAGCUCCAGAUCACAGCAGGGAGACAUGGAGAUGACCUGAAGAAUAGCAAGAUGGAGAUUGUUGAGCUCAACCGCACCAUCCAGAGGCUGCAGGCAGAGAUUGGCAAUGUCAAGAAACAGAUUGAACAGAUGCACUCAUCCAUUUCGGAUGCAGAGGAGAGAGGAGAGCGAGCUCUCCAAGAUGCCAAGCAGAAGCUACAGGACAUGGAUGAGGCCCUGCAGCAGUCCAGGGAGGAGCUGGCCCGGCUGCUGCGUGACUACCAGGCACUGCUGGGAGCCAAGCUGUCCCUGGAUGUUGAGAUUGCCACCUACCGCAAGCUGCUGGAGGGAGAGGAGAGCAGGAUGUCAGGAGAGCUGCAGAGCCAUGUGAGCAUCUCGGUGCAGAGUAGCCAGGUAUCCAUGGGCGGCGGUGGCUACAGUGGCGGUGGCGGCGGCGGCAGCAGCAGCAGCUCCCGCGGGGGCGGGGGAAGUUACGGAGGAGGGCGCGCCAGAGGCGGCAGUGGAGGCGGCUAUGGGAGUGGCGGCGGCGGGAGCUAUGGAGGAAGCAGUAAAAGCAGCAGCAAAUACAGUGGCGGCUCCUCUCGGGUGCAGAUCAUCCAAACCUCCACCAACACCUCCCGCAAGCGAAUCGUGGAGUAG